GGAUAAUAUCGGGUGACUAACUGACUAACGCCUCCUAGUGGCUGCCGUGUGAAUCACAGGCCGUAAACAGAAGCAGAGAGACCAUGAAUCCGAGUUCGACCAUUCUUCGUGUUAAAAGAAAACGGGGGACAGAUGCAGCGGACGCGCUGUUGCUGGCAUGUAAGCGGAUUCGGCCUGAGACCGCAGCACAGUCAGCCGCGGAAUCUAUUCCAGAACCUGCAGAGGGGGAAAUAGAGAACUCGGUCUUCAAGCUGGUGGCCACCGUGUCCUCGCAGGAUGCUCCGGUCCAGACCCACGUCCGAGCGGCCUUGUCCCGCCCCCGCAUGGCUCACGCCCUGCGCCCCUCUGCCGGCAGCGCCCACAGGAUAGCCGGGGACCUCCGCAGCAUUAAGUGGAGCACCCGGCGGGAGGAACGCUACCGCAUCCUGUCCAGCCAUAGGGCUGGUCUGGCUCCCCUCGAAGCCCCCUCUGAAAGGGAGAGUGAUGAGAGGAGGGCAGAAGAGGCUGGCCAGCAGGAGGCAGCAGAGCGACGGGAGGAUGGCUCCGCCCACUGGCUCCUGAGAGAGAUACAAGUGUUUGACAUUGUGCACGAGGAGGGUGAAAAGCCCAGUGUCCAGACUGUAACCUCUGACUCUGAAGACAUACUGUGCAACUCCAUAAAGAUGAUCCGGGAGAAGCUGAGCGUGUCGGGGGAUGGUGUGGGUGCUGGGCACCGUGAGAAGGAUGAUGACUACGUCUAUGACCUCUACUACCAGGAGGAUGCAUCUCUUGGGUGGAUCCAAGACAUCCUCUCUGUGAAACCAUACCUGGAGGAGCGUGAGCUGGUGCCAGAGGAAGACCCCAGGGAAGAAGAAAUCUAUGAGGAUGAGGAUGAUGAGAAUGAAGAAGGGAACUGGAGGAACGAUUAUCCAGAUGAGGAGGGCAGUGAGGACAACAGUGACUUGGAGGAGCGCUAUACGGGGUGUGACUAUGACGAGGGCUUCGGCCGGCGGUCCUGGCAGAGAUACCGACGAGAGGUCCUCCAAGAGUUUGAGGACUAUGAGGAAGAAGAAUAUUUGGAUUCAGACUGAAACAUCAGGCCUUUGAGAGUCUCUUCCUACUCUUGUUUGUAAGGUUGUUUGCUGUGUGUAGCUGGAAUGUCCACUGAAUAAGUGAGAGUGUGUAUCUUGUGCUUUGUUGGAACUUUGUAAAUAUGUUGAUAGGCUUUUCUUUCUAUUAAAGUUUAAUGUCAAGACUGUUGGACUCAUUAAAAGAAAAAAGAAAAAAAAACAAAUUCCAUGAUAUAUUUUAUAAUUAACUUAGUAUCCUAGAUAAGGGUUACUUUUCUCUUCCCCUGUGAUCCGUAGCCUCAGACGACUUGCUGUACAUGUUCUGUCCUUGCGAAAUAAUUUGGGACAGAAGUGCUACAGGUUGGUCUGACUGUGCCAAGAGUAUUAGCUUAGAAAUAGGCCUGGAGAUGAGCAUAUUACAUGCAAAUGUGUACUCAUUCGCCGCUUGUACUGGUUUUUUGAAAACUACAGGAACGAGGACCUUCUUACAGGAAUAGGUGUAUCAUGGGUACUCUGAUCUUGCGGCUGCUUGUUCACAUACCCAUGUGUGAGCAGGGGCCUGUUUCACAAAACUUAGCCUUGCUUAGCCGGAUCACUUGUCAGAUUUAGGGUAGUCUGAGCUACAUUUCAGUGGAUGAAUGUGUAGUCCAUUUAGCCAGACUACCUUAAAGCGACUAAGCUAUCCAGCUAAGCAAGAAGUCCUGCUUCGUAAAAUACCCCCCAAGAGUGUGAAAAAGCUGGAAAGUAAUGGAAAUAAAAUUCUCGAUUUUGACAACUA